GAAUAUUUUUAAAAAUAAUCCGUCUUUUUUACCCAAUAUAGGAAUAAAAUUAAUAUCGUGAUUGUUAAUCUCGACAAAUGUCCAUUAUCAAGUCAUCGUCCGCGAAUCAAACUAGUAUUAUUAUCACUGUUAUUUAGAUUUUCCAAAUAUUUUUGUCAAAUAGGCGAUGGUUGAAACCCUAAACAAAGAAACAACAAUGGAAAACACGGGCCCCUGAGGAGGAGAAGAAGAGCUCAAAUGCUGAGGCAGAGAAUGUUAACAAUCUGAACGAGAAAAACAGCAGAGCCAUGAUCAUUGUCAUUGAUUUACCAGACGAAAUUCUCCACCACAUAUUCUCCACCACAUAUUCUCCUUCCUCCCAAUCAAAUCCCUCGCCCAAACCACCCUUCUCUCCAAACACUGGAAUCACCUAUCCCUAUGGCGCACCCACCCUCAUCUCGACUUCUCCUGUCUCUCUCCCAAAUCCACGGGAUUCAUACCCACGGUGUUAUCUCGCCGUCAACCCCACUCCAAAAUUACCACCUUUCGCCACUCCGAUUACGCAAGUUCCUCUUGCUUGCGCCAUUGCAUCGGCCAAGUAAUGAACCGGGGAAUCGAACAACUCGAGCUCGACGUUGAUUUAGACUGUUGCUUUAGUCUCCCCCUGCGUUUGCUCACGUGCAACUCUCUCAGGGUUCUCACAUCGAAUCACCAAGAUCAUCAAACCCUCCGUUCACUGAUAGUUAGGUGUGAGGAUUUUGGGUUUACUACUGCUCCGGCUUUGUUUACAGCGGUCCACACCUUGUCUCUGAAAAAUGUAUAUCUCGUGGGGUGUUCGGAUUUGUUCUCGGGGGGUAAUUUCCCUCUCCUUCGGAAACUGUGCUUGAAAAAUGUUAGAGAGGAAUGAUUGGCGAUCAUCUCAAUAUCAAAUGUCCAUACCUAGAAGAUUUGAAACUUGAUGGUUUGGAGAUGAAGUGGUUGGCUGUUUCUGGUGUGAGGUUACUGGAACUUGAACUCAAAAGGCUCACCAAAGAUAUGACUCAUUUGGUCAAGAUUUUUGCCCCAAGUCUCCGGAGUUUUUAUUGGGAAAACCAUGUUAAUGCAGAAAUUACGGCGGAGAGCUUCAGAUGCCUCAAUAAAGGCUUCAUUUGUUUUCUCUACGAACCAGGACAUGCAGCGGGAUUGCAGAGUGCAUCCAACUUUCUAUCUGCAAUCCGUUUUGCUCAAUCUAUUUGUUUCGGAAGCCAAGCUCUUGAGAUCUUGGCAAAAAUAGAUUGUGAUGGUGGUCUUCCAUAUUCUUUCAAUAACCUCAGGACUUUGGACCUGCAGACUGACAUGCGCAAACUUGAAAUCCAAGGGUUAGUAUGCUUGCUUAGAUGCUCUCCAAUCCUUCCCACCAUCACCAUAGAUUCAACUAGUUGGUUCAACCCUGGAAAUGUGGUAAUUAUGCACUUACUUUAUUAUGAUCUUAGUAAUAACAUUGUUUUGCUAAUUUCCUUGACUGUUGCUUAUCCGAAAUGUGUGUCCAUUCUAAGAAGCAGGGAGCCAGGGACAAUACUGUGGAGUCAGAAACCGAUCUGAUCAGCCAUGUUCCACAUGUUGUAAACGUGUCAAUUUAAAAAAUUGUGUUCUGUAUUAUCACUUUUACCAAUACCUCACGGGCAGUUCUUGAAUACCCUGGAUACAUCCUGUGUACGUGAUGAAUCACUUUAUAACAAUGUUAUGCAUGCUUUUUAAUGCAAUUUCUGCACUUGA